UACAUACAUACAUACAUAUAUAUAUAUAUAUAUAAGAAAAGAAAAUGGAGGAGAAGAUGGGAAGAAAAUCACCUCUGAUAGUAUCAUUUGGAGAAAUGCUGAUAGAUUUUGUGCCUGACAAAGCAGGUCUUUCCUUGGCCGACUCCACCGGAUUUCUCAAAGCACCUGGCGGUGCACCUGCUAAUGUCGCUUGUGCCAUUAGUAAGCUACAGGGCAACUCCGCCUUCAUCGGCAAGCUUGGAGACGACGAGUUUGGACAGAUGCUGGUAGAUAUACUGAAGAAGAAUGGUGUAAACACUGAUGGAGUUUGCUUUGAUGGUGAGGCGAGGACUGCAUUAGCAUUUGUGACGCUGAAGAAGAAUGGCGAGAGAGAAUUCGCGUUUUACAGAAACCCUAGUGCAGAUAUGUUGAUGAAAGAAUCAGAACUGAACAUGGGUCUGAUCAGAGCCGCCAAGAUCUUCCAUUACGGAUCCAUAAGCUUGAUAUCCGAGCCUUGUAGAUCAGCUCACUUGUCAGCAAUGGAUGCCGCCAAGGCUGCCGGCGCUUGGCUCUCAUAUGACCCCAAUGUGCGCCUGCCUCUCUGGCCUUCUCCUCAGUAUGCAAGAGACGCCAUCUUCAGCAUCUGGACUUACGCAGAUAUCAUCAAGGUUAGUGAUGAUGAAGUUGCAUUCCUCACUGAAGGAGAUCCCGAAAAUGAUGAUGUUGUCAGGUCCCUGUGGUAUGAUACACUCAAAUUACUUGUAGUAACAGAUGGAGAGAAGGGUUGCAGGUACAUCACUAAGGAUUUCAAGGGAAGGGUGAAAGGAUUCUCCGUGAAAACAAUAGAUACAACCGGAGCCGGGGAUGCUUUUGUUGGCGCACUUCUGGUCUAUUUGGCCCAAGAUCCUACCAUCGUGGAGAAUGAGGAGAAACUGAUGGAGGCUUUAACAUUUGCAAAUGCAUGUGGAGCAAUUUCUACAACUCAAAAGGGAGCAAUUCCAGCUCUUCCAACCAUUUCCGAUGCUCUUCAGCUUAUUAAUUCCAAGCCCAGAGCCUCAAAUUAUUUCACCAGAACAUUCAUGCUUUUUCUUGUUUCCUCUGUUUUAAUUUCAAUUUUAUUUUCUUUUAUCUUUGGCCAUAACAAAACAUAGUUUUGUGCUUUAAUGGCUGAUCUUCUUCGCAUUUGAUUCUCCAUUUGGUAAUAUUUAAUAAAUUUUAAGGAUACAGGGAAGUUAUAUAU